UACUGAGAAGAGGGGGCUGCUUCCUGCGGCUCACAUGUACACAGCACCACGACUAAAUGAUGGAUUCUUCAAAGAGUAAAGACUCCACAAAGAGUGGCAUUAAAGACACACAUUCAGACACCACUGACGAGGAAAAGAGCGACUUGUGUCCCGGUUUUAAAGACGCGGAUGCUUUUGUAAAAUAUGGAUUGGGAUCCGUAUUAUCCGCCACCAAGGUAUCCGCCAGCUUGCCUCAAACUGGUGAUGAAUAUGAUUUCUAUCGGAGCUUCCCGGGCUUCCAGGAGUUCUGUGAAAGUCAAGGAGAUAAGCUCUUGCACUGCAUGAGUCAGAUAAUGCACCACCACGGCUGCAGAUCCCACCUGAAAGACCGGAACAAGCUGACGGGGCUGGAGGAGAGAUUCGACUUGGUCGUGGACUCGAACGACGUCAUCCUCGAAAGAGUGGGGAUUCUUCUUGAUGAAGCUGAUGGGGUGAACAGGAGCCAGCAGCCUGUCAUGCCUUCAGGGUUUCAGCCUCCCAAGAUUGUUGUUUCCAGCUGGAAUCGCAAGGGUUCAGGCUCCGGCAGUCGCUCUGAGACGUUCCGACUGCUCCAAGCCAGGAAUGUUGCGAGGCCUCAGCUGAAAUUCAAGGAAAAAGUUGACAACAGCAACACACCAUUUAUUCCCAAGAUCUUCAUCAAGCCCAAUGCAAUAAAGCCUCUUCCCUCAUAUUUCACCAACAAAAAAAUCCGUAAAGCGAGGCCUGAGGACCUCGAUGUCCCGGCGGCCCUGGCUGACUUCAUUCACCAGCAGAGAACUCAGGAACAUGUUGAAGACAUGUUUGCACACCCAUACCAAUAUGAACUGGAUCAUUUUACAUUACCGGAAAGCCUUCUGUCUAAGCCAGAACCGCAGAUGUACAAACCAGUGGAUGAGACCAAAUGCUCCUUUAUUGACUCUCUGGAGGAUCUGGUGGCUCUGAAUGAGAAGCUUUGCAAAUUGUCUGAAUUUGCAGUGGACCUUGAGCACCACUCCUACAGGAGCUUCCUCGGCCUCACCUGUCUGAUGCAGAUCUCCACCAGAGACGAGGACUUCAUCAUCGACGCCAUCGAGCUCCGCAGCGAGUUGUACAUCCUCAACGAGGCAUUCACUGACCCGGCUAUUGUCAAGGUAUUUCACGGCGCUGACUCUGACAUCGAGUGGCUCCAGAGGGACUGUGGCUUGUAUGUCGUCAACCUUUUUGACACGCAUCAGGCCAGCCGAGCUCUGAACAUGGCCAGACAUUCCCUCGACCACCUGCUCAAACACUUCUGCAACGUGGACUCAGACAAACGCUACCAGCUGGCUGACUGGAGGAUUCGACCCUUGCCAGAGGAGAUGGUGCAGUACGCCCGGUCAGACACCCACUACCUCCCUUACAUCUACGACCGUGUGAAGGCACAGCUGUUGGACUUUAACCACGGGCAGCCUGGCCUGCUGCAGAGUGUCUGGAACAAAAGCAAAGACAUUUCUCUGAAGAGAUAUGUGAAGCCUAUAUACACAGAGGAGUCAUAUUUGGAGCUGCAGAGGAAGCAGAAAAGGUCUUUCAACACCCAGCAGCUAACUGCCUUCAGACUGCUGUUUGCCUGGAGGGACAAGCUGGCCAGGCAGGAAGAUGAAAGCCCCGGAUUCACUCUGCCCACUCAUAUGAUGAACAAGAUAUGCGAGGAGCUGCCCAAAGAGCCUCAGGGCAUCAUUGCCUGCUGUAACCCUGUACCCCCAAUGGUGAGGCAGCAGGUCAAUGAGCUGCAUUUGUUAGUGCAGCAGGCCAGAGAAAUGCCGCUCCUUAAGGCUGAGAUUGCAGCUCAGAAGAAGAAAGGCCUCACACCUAUAACAAAGCCAGAGGUCACGUUGUUUGGUCCUCAUGAUACAUCCAGGGUCUCUGAGAGCGAUCUGAACUACUGCUCUACUGAUGAAAUGCCAGUCAAACAAGGGACGCUCUUCUCAGAGGAUGAGCACAAAAUGGAUGUUGAUGUACAGCAACCAAGUGGUCUCGUGGCCACAGCCAUAAUCACACUGUUUGAGGAGCCUGAAACACAGAAUGACCCCGAGUCCCUCUCUGUGGCUCACAUGAAAUCCAGACGUAUCAUUGAGUCUUUUGAAAACCCUUUCAGAAUGUACUUACCCACCAGCAAUGUGCACAUCAGCAAGAAUGCCAAGUUUGACCCAUCUUCGAAAAUAUUCGAGAUCAGCAAGAGAUGGAAGCUGCAGAGUAUUGAACAGCAACAGAAGGAGUUGGAUGCCAAGAGGAAAGCCAAGGAAGAAGCAAAGGAACUCACAAAGAAAGUGGCAGAGGAAAGAAUCAAGGCUAAGCAGAGCUACCAGGAGUCUCUCCAGAACGUUGCCACUGUUCGCCAGCAGGCAGCGGAAUCUGUAAAAGCCGGCGGAAAGAAAAGAGAGAGGGCCACCAGUCAGGUUGAUGUGUCGACUCCGAAACCGAGUAAGAAGAUAAUGAAGUCUGCAGAUAAGCCCCUGAAGACAGAACCGCCUCCCCAAGAAACCUUCGAGCCCUUCGACUACAGUCAGUCAGACCUCAAAGUCUUUGCUGGCAACAAAGCAAAGGACAACACGCAGUUUGAUCCAAACAGACAAGCCCAUGAUUUUAGGAAAAAGAAAAAUUCCAAGGGACAAAAAUCCAACUCUGGAGCUGGAAGUCGAAGUAUGUCGUAUAUGGCUGGAAAGUCUGACAGAGGAGUCCGGCACAAGUGGCCCAAAAGAUAAACUCCCGUUGAUGCUAUUAUCUGUCUUAUUUUUAAACUCUUUUUUUUUUUUAACCUGCAGGGACAACGUUCCCAUUUUUUUCCCUUCUUGCAAGUAAAAUUCAGUAUUUCAAUAUUCAAUGAUUUUCAAAAUAUAAUUCCUUCCAUCUGUGGGACAGUUUACCUGUAAAUAUGUGGAAGCACAGACCUCUUUAUUAAAGAUUAUUUUAGAGGA